AAGGUGUCCCUUUCCUCACACCCUGCAGGCUGGAAACUAGGAUUUUCAACAGCCCCCACUACACGGCCUACAAGGAACUACAACUCCCAGGGGGCUCCAGGGCCUGGCCCUUUGCCCCGCCCUGCUCGCGCCAAAGACUCCAUUUCCCAGAAACCCCAGCUUCUGGUUCGGAGACGGCAUUUCCCGGGCGCCCCCUCGCGGCGCACUUCGGCGGCGCUUCUCUUCCCGGCGGCCCUUGCGGCAGGUUCCGGGCGUAAGGAUAGUUCGUGAUGGCGGGGGCUGGUUCUGCCGCUGUGUCCGGGGCCGGGACUCCGGUGGCGGGGCCUGCAGGCCGCAACCUCUUCGCCGAGGGGCUCUUCGAGUUUCUGCGGCCGGCCGUGCAGCAGCUCGACUCUCACGUCCACGCAGUCAGAGAGAGUCAGGUAGAACUCCGGGAACAAAUUGACAACCUAGCUACAGAACUGUGCCGCAUCAAUGAGGAUCAGAAGGUGGCCCUGGAUCUUGACCCCUACGUGAAGAAGCUACUUAAUGCCCGGCGACGAGUCGUCUUGGUCAACAACAUUCUACAGAAUGCCCAGGAGCGGCUGAGGCGGCUAAACCACAGUGUGGCCAAGGAAACAGCCCGGAGGAGAGCAAUGCUGGAUUCCGGGGUUUACCCUCCCGGUUUCCCAAGCAAGUAACUUGGGCCAGAAGAUAGGCCCAUGGCCUCAGAGUACCUUCCCAGCUACCUUGUUUUAGCCCUCAUGAGAAGACUCCAGGAGACACUUAAGCCCUGUAGACCUUGGGAGAGCAAACAGCCCUGUUAUUUGAAGCACUUAAAAAAUCUGACCUAUUUAUGCAGGGACCCCAAAAAACCGGUGUACAGGACUCAGGAUCCCGAAGGACUUAAGACUUAUUAUGGCUCUUGCUUCCAAGAAUGAGCUGAGGCUUCUACAUUUCAUUUUUAAAAAACUGCAUACAAGACCCACCUUCUUCCCCUUCUUCACCCUAGUUAACAAGGUGAGGCUUCUGCUAUGUGCCUGGUUGUGGGGCCUG